CCUCGACCAAAGCUAUAUUUAAACAAAGGUGCAUCUCAGUUUCGACAUUUACCUUUUUUUUUUACUCUAAAUCUUAAUUUCCGUGCUGAGCGGUAUAAGUGAUUCGUCAUUCUCAAGAGUCAAACUGGCAAAGUGUACACCCCCGUGGCGUGAGUCAGUAUCAGGGUAGUUAUUUAUUGCAGUGUCGAAUUCGUGACGAUAUUGGAUAUCGUAUGAAAAAAUUUACGUCAGAAAGCCAAGCGAAAAUUUUGCAAAGAAAUCAUCGCAUCGCUACAUCAUCCAAGUGAUCGAGUGCCGAAUGACAAAAGUUUUAAGGUGAAAGUUUGACCACGUAGAGAAAUCAAAAGGCUGGAGCUUUAUCUGCCUUAUGCACCGCUGCCGCCACCUGGGCCAGGGGGCGGUAGCAGACCUGCAGAAAACAUUUUGCCAAUUAUCGGACAUAAUUUUCGACCAAUGAUUCUAAGCGGCGUUGACUUUUCCAUGUCAAGCACCGCUCCCAAUCAGGGUCAAUUACAAUCGACGCCGAAUCGAAUAGGUCUGGUGUCGCGAGCUCACAUGAAAUCGCCGCCGAACGUGUCUGAGCUCGCGGAUACAUCGAUUCAACUUCCGAGACAACCGGGGCUGGAUGCUACGACUGCCGACGGAAUACCCAACCCGGACGUUCUGCUGACUUUACUGGCGCGUAACAAAAAGCUCGAAGCUUCAAUACCGAAAUGCGGCGGCUGUCAAGAAAUUAUCCUCGAUCGUUAUGUUUUACGAGUUAUGGACAGAUGUUGGCAUGCUGGUUGUCUCACCUGCAGAGAUUGUGGCAUAAGAUUAGUUGACAAAUGUUACGCUCGGAAUGGAUAUGUCUUUUGCAAAGACGAUUUUUUCAAGCGCUUCGGUACAAAAUGUGUUGGCUGCGGUCAAGGACUGGCACCUUCGCAAGUUGUGCGACGAGCUCAGGAUUUGGUUUAUCAUCUUACAUGCUUUUCUUGCGUCAUGUGCUCGAGGCAGCUUGAUACAGGAGAUGAAUUUUAUCUCAUAGAAGAGGGUAAACUGAUUUGUAAGACUGACUACGAGCAAGCAAAAGCAAAAGAACUUGCAGAUGGUGGAAGUAUCGAUGGAGAUCAACCAAAUAAAAGACCUCGAACGACGAUUACCGCGAAACAAUUAGAAACAUUAAAAUUGGCUUACAAUAAUAGUCCAAAACCCGCGAGACACGUAAGAGAAGAAUUGUCUCGAGAUACAGGCUUGGACAUGCGAGUUGUUCAAGUUUGGUUUCAGAAUAGGAGAGCAAAAGAGAAAAGAUUGAAAAAAGAUGCUGGAAGAACAAGGUGGUCUCAAUACUUUAGAAAUAUUAAAGGAAGUAGUGGUGGUCACUCUCCUAGACACGAUAAGCUCCUCGAUAAAGAUGACUUGAAAAUUGAUCUUGAUUCGUCAUUCGGACACAACGAUUUAAGCAAUGACAGUUAUAGUACUGUUAAUAUGGGUCUCGAUGGGGAUGGGGCAAGUCCAGGUGGCAGUGGAACCGGUACAAAUGGACCACCUCGUGGCUAUAUUAGUGCUGCGACGCCGCCUUACGCAUCAUCUUCGAGGUCACCAUCACUACCUCCACAAUUUCCGUACCCUGCCGAUGCUGGAUUAUCCGUUUACACCACGCUAGGUGGAUCGGGAGGUACUGUAACCGGGCCAGCUUCGGAUCAAAGCAAUGAAUCAAGUGGAGGCUUAGGUGGAGUAGCUGGAAGUUUAGGACCAACAAGUUAUCCCGAAUUUCCUCCAUCGCCGGAUUCGUGGCUGGGCGAGCAACCGGGAGGUGGAUCAAUCAACUCACAUAAUUCUCAUUCACAACAUUAUGGCACAUAGCCUAGCAUAAAAUUAGCUUUGUUACAGAGCAAGUGCAACAAAAUGACGUUCUCAAAUGAUUAUAAUUA